AUGACUUACACUUCUUUAAUAUGCUUUUUUCUGAUCAGUUACUUAGUUCAGGCAAUGGGCAGAAAUGAUUCAACUUGUCCAAAGUCCUUUUCAUGUGGAAAUCUUACUGACCUCAGCUUUCCUUUCUCUCUUUCCACACAACCUGACUGUGGAAUAAUGUUCUUAUCUGGUUGUGAUGCUAAAACAUUUCCGAAAAUCCGAUUGCUUCCUGAAGGAGAUUCGUACUAUGUUGUAGUAAAUAUGUAUAAUUAUACAGUUUGCGUUGAGGACCCCAAGCUUCAUGCCAAGUUGAGGCAACACAACUGCCAGGCUUUUAACAAAAACUUCUCCUUACCAUACUCUCCUUCUAUUUCUUUUGAAAUUCUCCCACUGAAUAUUCUCAACCUCAUCAAAUGCAACAGCACUAGUAGUAGCACCCCAAACACUACCCAGCAGAUGAAAGAUCAUUUUGCUGGUUAUAGAAUGUACAGUGGCUGUAAAGACUUUAGCUUAUUCUACAAGCUUCCUGGAGGUGAUGAUGAAGACGUGCGAGCAGGCAAUCUUCCUGCAAACUGUUCACUCAUCGGAUUGCCGAUCCGCUCGAUAUCAGAUGAUGAUGGUGUGUUCAAUAUGUUAAGCGCCACUUUUUUUGUAGAAUGGAAGAUCUCUGAGGACUGUAACAAAUGUCACUAUGGCGGAGGUCAAUGCCAGACUGAUAUAAACAACAAAUUUCACUGUACAUAUCCAUAUAGUCCACAAGCUCAAAGUCAUCAAGAAAAUAAUCCACAUGAACAAGAUGCAAAAGAUGCUAGAAGCAAGUGGGGACUGACUCUGGGAGCAGGUGCAGUUUUGUGUACAGUUGGACUAUUGGUUCUACUCUUCUUCUUCAGAGAAAAGAUUUUGCGGUAUAAGUGCCUCAGGUUUUGGGAAUCUAAUGCUGAGGAUCACCAAAAUAUUGAAGCAUUUUUGAAGAACUAUGGGUCAUACGCUCCAAAGAGAUAUAACUACUCAGAGGUCAAAAGGAUGACCAGUUGCUUCAAAAACAAACUAGGUCAAGGUGGAUAUGGUUCUGUAUACAAAGGAACUCUGCAGAAUGGAAGUCAUGUGGCUGUGAAGGUCCUGAAUGGACUAAAAGGCAAUGGUGAAGAAUUCAUUAACGAGGUGGCAAGUAUUAGCAGGACAUCACAUGUUAAUGUUGUGAGCCUUGAGGGAUUUUGUUUUGAGGGUUGCAAAAGAGCUCUCAUUUAUAAAUUCAUGCCAAAUGGAUCUCUUGAAAAAUUUAUCUAUGAGGAAAGAUCUGACAGUGUUCGUCAAUUGGGUUGGCCAAUACUGUACAAAGUCGCACUAGGCAUUGCUCGAGGAUUGGAGUACUUGCAUCGUGGUUGUACCACUCGGAUUUUGCAUUUUGAUAUAAAGCCUCAUAAUAUCCUCCUUGAUGAAGAUUUUUGUCCGAAGAUCUCUGACUUUGGUCUAGCCAAACUGUGCAUGAAAAAGGAGAGCAUUGUGUCAAUGUUAGGUGCACGAGGGACUAUCGGUUAUAUUGCUCCAGAAAUUGUUUGCAGAAACUUGGGAGGUGUCUCUCACAAGUCUGACGUCUAUAGCUAUGGAAUGAUGGUCCUAGAGAUGGUUGGAGGAAGAAAAAAUGUUGAUGUUGGAGUUGAUCGCACGAGUGAAAUCUACUUUCCACAUUGGCUCUAUCAACGAAUUGAACUGGAUGAAGAGCUUCAACUAAUCGGGAUAAUGAAUGAAGAGGAGAAAGAAUGUGCAAGAAAGAUGGUGAUGGUGAGUUUAUGGUGCAUACAGACUGAUCCCUCAAAUCGACCAUCGAUGAGCAAGGUUGUGGAAAUGUUAGAAGGGAAACUAGACUCUUUGCAAAUGCCUCCCAAGCCUUACCUAUAUUCUCCCUCGAGAUCAGAGGUAGAUUCAUUGGAAGUGGGUUCAUAUCAGUGUAGUAGAUCAAACGUUUAA